UGGUAAUCUGAAAGAGUGCAAAAUAAUCUGGGCCAAAUUCAGUAGGAAAAUUUAUUUUACCCACGUAUAUUAAAUAUAUUGAUAAUUAUAUUCCAGUUGGCAACAGCGCCGCGAUCUAAAAUCAACUCUACUGGCAAACAGUAAACACGUACAUUUUCCAUUGGGUUUUCCUAAAAAAUACUAAGUACAAUUCCAAAACCGGUGAUAGGGUCUCUUGAACAUGUUUUCUUUAACUCGUACUAUCACAGCUUCUGUAAGAAAUGCAAGAUCCAAGUUCACUCUGCCUGAAAUGCCAUAUAAUUAUAAGGCUUUGGAACCUAUAAUAAGUGGAGAAAUAAUGGAAAUUCACCACACAAAGCAUCAUCAAGCUUACAUAACCAAUUAUAAUGCUGCAGAAGAAAAACUGAAAGCGGCAGUUGAAAAAGGAGAUGCGAGUGCCAUCAUUGCUCUACAAGGUGCCUUGAGAUUUAACGGGGGAGGACAUAUAAAUCAUUCUAUUUUCUGGAAUAACCUAACCCCAGAUUCUACUAAACCAAGUGCAGAAUUGAAUUCAGCGAUAGAAGCUAGUUUUGGGAGUUUUGAGAAGAUGGUUCAACAGCUCAGUACUGUUUCUGUAGGGGUACAAGGGUCAGGAUGGGGUUGGCUAGGAUAUGAUAAAAAUGAAGGAAAGAUAAAAGCAGUUGCCUGCGCUAAUCAAGAUCCCCUUGAAGCAACCACAGGAUUAAUUCCCUUGCUUGGCAUCGAUGUUUGGGAACACGCAUACUAUUUGCAGUAUAGAAAUGUAAGGGCAGAUUAUGUUAAAUCAAUUUUUGAUGUGGUUAAUUGGACCGAUGUGUCUGAAAGGCUGAGCAAAGCUAAAAAGUAAAUGUAGUGGAAAUACAUUGCUUGUAAAUAUUAUCUUUAUCCCCUUGUUAUGCUCUAUUAUAUAGAUAAACUUCCUGAAUGCAUCUAGAAAACAUUAAUUGCCUUAUACCUAAUGAAUGGAUCGAAUUUAUAUAAUGAA